UCUCCUGCUUCCAGGGGACCCCCGACUUGCCAGGGCACCCUCCUGGGCAAGCCUCUGCCUGCCCUCCGCACAGAGUCAGGGACUCCUCUCCUGCCCUCCUGGAGGGUGCCCCGUCCUCAGCACCCUCGCUUCUUGAUUGGGAGUCUAGGCAGAUUAGGUCCCUCCACGUUGCUUAGUAGGAGAGAGACCCCCGUUGCCUGUGGGGGGUCCAGCCUUCUGUCCUUUAAUCCUUGUAGAUACCUGGAUAACGUGGUCAACAAGCAGAGUGUUUCUCCUCCUAUCCCACACCUCCAUGCCCUGCUGACUAGUGGGGAUGACCCGCCAGCAGAAGUGGACAUCUUCGACCUCCUGAAAGUGUCCUAUGAGAAAUUCAGCAGCCUGAGGGCCGACGACAUCGAACAGAUGCGGUUUAAACAGAGGCUGAAAGUGAUCCAGUCCUUGGAGGACACAGCCAAGCGGAGCGUGGUCCGAGCUAUACCUGGGGACAUUGGUUUCUCAAUUGAAGAGCUGGAGGACCUUUACAUGGUGUUUAAGGCCAAGCACCUGGCAAGUCAGUACUGGGGGGGCAGCCGGCCCACAGCUGUGCGUCGGGACCCCAGCCUGCCCUACCUGGAGCAGUACCGCAUUGACGCAAGCCAGUUCCGAGAGCUCUUCGCCAGCCUGACGCCCUGGGCCUGCGGCGCCCACACGCCAGUCUUGGCCGGGCGCAUGUUCCGGCUCCUGGAUGAAAACAAGGACUCUCUGAUCAACUUCAAGGAGUUUGUGAUGGGGAUGAGUGGGCUGUACCGUGGGGACCUGACAGAGAAGCUCAAGGCACUGUACAAGCUGCAUCUGCCCCCAGCCCUGAGCCCGGAGGAGGCCGAGUCAGCCCUGGAAGCGACCCACUACUUCACUGAGGACAGCUCCUCAGAAGCAUCUCCUCUGGCCUCAGAUCUGGACCUUUUCCUGCCCUGGGAGGCUCAAGAAACACUACGGCAGGAAGAGCAAGAGGGAGGCGGAAACGACGACGGCCAAGAAAAAAGAGAGGAGAAGGGGACCAGCCCUCCCGACUAUCGGCACUACCUUCGCAUGUGGGCCAAAGAGAAAGAGGUUCAGAAGGAGACGAUUAAGGAUCUUCCCAAAAUGAACCAGGAGCAGUUCAUUGAGCUGUGCAAGACGCUGUACAAUAUGUUCAGUGAGGACCCCAUGGAGCAGGACUUGUAUCACGCCAUCGCCACGGUGGCCAGCCUGCUGCUCCGCAUCGGCGAGGUGGGGAAGAAGUUUUCCGCCCAGCCAGGCAGGAAGCCCAGGGAUGGUGCCCCCGAGGAUGACGAGCCACCAGCCCCUGACCCCGCACAGGACCCAGCCCCGGAGCUUCAGCCUCCAGCUGCCGGUGACCCCCAGGCCAGAGCAGGGGGAGACAACCCCCUCGGGAAAGCGCCCCAGGAGAGCCAGGUGGUGGGUGACGGGGGCAGUGGCGAGGGCCGGGGCUCCCCCUCGCAGCUGCUGUCUGAUGAUGAGACCAAAGACGACAUGUCCAUGUCCUCCUACUCGGUGGUCAGCACAGGCUCCCUGCAGUGCGAGGACCUGGCUGACGACACGGUGCUGGUGGGCGCGGAGGCCCGCAGCCCCCCGGCCCCCACCCGCGGUGGGGGCACCGUCGACACAGACUGGUGCAUCUCCUUCGAGCAGAUCUUGGCCUCCAUCCUGACAGAGUCCGUUCUGGUGAACUUCUUUGAGAAGAGGGUGGACAUUGGACUCAAGAUCAAGGACCAAAAGAAGGUGGAGAGACAGUUCAGCACGUCCAGUGACCUCGAACAGUCUGGAGUUCCAGGCUGACGGGGACCUGGCCUGUCUCUCUUCCUCGCCCCCUCCUCCCUCCUGUUCUGUUUUCUCCCUCAGGACGCACCCCUCCUGUUCUCCCCAGAUGCAGUGAGUUGUAAAUGGAAAAAAAGGCUGAACAGCCCCAGUUGGGCCCAGACAGAGGCUCCCAGCCCCCUCUUCCUGCCUGCCUGGUGGGACCCGCCUCAGUCCCUGUGUCCUGUCAGAGGCUGUCCGUCCUGGCCUGCUUGCCCAAUGCCUCUGUGCCCCGUUCAGUGGCCAGGCCACACGGCACCUUCCACUCUGGCGCGGGUGGGGGGGGGCGGUCCUGCAGCUGAGUACUCUGGGGGGCUUUCCUGCCAUUUGGCACCAAGCAGGGGAUCCCGUUGGGCAUCAGGGUGCUCUCUAGGAGCCCCUGAGCCCCUGGCUGAGGGACACGGGCACAAAGUGUCUAGUGCACCGGGGCAGAUGCCGUGCGGGCGUUACUCUAAAUGCUCUUUCAGCUCGUCAGCCUCACCAUUAACCUUAAAAGCACAUCCCUCAGGUCCUGAUAGAUUUCCUUAUAUUCAUUUCAGUUGGCUGAAAAUCACACUGUGCUCAAUGCCUUAAUAAACCCCCGAAAGAAAUCAA